UUCACUCACAAUGGUCAUAAAGGACAUGACAUGCCUGGGUCCUCUGCUAAGGACUCUUUGGCAUCAUUCCUUCCGACCGCUGGUAAUUGUUCGCCGGGGAAUCACCUAUAAUGAUGACAUGGAUCAUAUAACGCGACCCAACUGGAGGAUUAUUACAGAUGGCAGACGAAAUAAGGGCCUUGCUUUCACCAUGGAGGAGCGACAGCGCCUAGGACUCCAUGGCCUCUUACCCUGCACGGUGCGCACCAUGGAAGAUCAGAUGUUGGCCAUCAAGGCGAACUUUGAUGCACGACCAGCAAAUCUCAAUCGGCACACGUAUCUGAGUUCGCUGCAUAAUCGCCAUCGGCGUCUUUACUAUCGAUUUAUCCGGGAUAACAUUGAGCAGGUGCUGCCCAUUGUCUAUACACCGACAAUGGGCGAUGUGGUAAACACAUAUGGAUUGAAUUUCCAGUUCGCCUCCAGUCUGUAUGUUAGUAUUUUUGACAAGGGACAUAUCGUGGAAUUGUUUCACAACUGGACGGAACGGAAUGUGCAAGCGAUUUGUGUUACGGAUGGCGGAAGAGUCCUGGGACUGGGGGAUAUGGGUGCCAAUGCCAUGGGUAUAAGUGUUGGAAAAAUGGUCCUCUAUACAGCUUUGGCCGGUGUGCCGCCCUCCCUGCUGAUGCCCGUUUGCCUCGACGUGGGCACGGAUAACCAGGCCCUGCUCCAGGAUCCCCUCUAUGUGGGAUCCCGCAUUCCCCGGGUACGUGGUGCCGAGUACGAUGAACUGGUCCAGGAGUUUAUGGAAGCGGCGGUGCAGUGCUAUGGCCACGAUGUCUUCUUCCAUUUCGAGGACUUUUCCUCGCCCGAUGCCCUGAAGUUCUUGAAAAUGUAUCAGAACGACUAUUGUUACUUCAACGAUGAUAUACAGGGAACGGGCUCCACCGGAUUGGCGGGAUUCCUCAACGUGGAACGGAUCACUGGCCGAAAACUCGAGGAUACCAAAUUUCUCUUUGCAGGCGCUGGUAGCGCCGCCAUGGGCAUUGCCAAUAUGAUUGUGAUUGAGUUAGAGCAGCGGGGUGUCCCGGCCGAUGAGGUGUUAAAGAAUAUAUAUAUGCAGGAUCAAAAUGGUUUGUUAACCUCCGAUAGAACCGAUGCAUCCGAGCAGACCAAACGUUUCCUCAAACCCAUGGAGGCCAUCAGUGAUCUACUGACCACAAUCGAGAAAGUGAAGCCAUCGAUACUAAUGGGAGCGACAGGUAAUGGUGGCAUUUUCACCGAGGAAGUCCUCAAGGCGAUGGCCAAGAAUCACGAACUGCCGGCGGUGUUCGCUCUUUCGAAUCCAACUGCCAACUCGGAGUGCACCGCAGAGCAGGCCUAUUACCAUACAGAGGGUCGUGUUUUGUUCUGUUCUGGUUCCCCCUUUCCGCCGGUGGUGAUAAAUGGAAAACGUUAUGAGCCUUCACAGGCCAACAAUUGUCUAACAUAUCCUGGCAUUGCAUUGGGUGCAAUUACUUCAUUAGCCCGACAUUUGCCCGAUUCCCUAUAUCCUGUGGUGGCACGAACACUGGCCGAUGCCACAUCCCAGGAGCGACUGGAUGCUGGAGCACUGUAUCCAGCCAUCAAGGAUGCCAGUGCGGUGGCCAUUAAAGUGGGUGAAAAGGUUGCCAAAUUUAUAUUUGAUAAUGAUCUUUCGAACAUUUACCCCAAGCCAGAUGAUAUUUAUGAGUUUAUACAGAAUAAGCUGUACAAAAUGGAAUACCGAAGCUCGCUGAUUAGUACUUAUUACUUUCCAGAGUCAAUACAACCGAAGCCAAAGACUGAAAAGGAAGAAUGCUAAACUUGACCGAGACUCCUGACCUGCUUUUCUAACUGAAAGGACCUUGUGUAAUUAGUUGCAAAUACAGCAUAUACACACACAGA